GAGAAACAAAAAAAAUUAUAGUAUAUAUUACAAUUUUUUAACCCAUUUUAUUGAAAUUUGAACCUUGGAAAUUUUAUGCCGACGCAUACUUUUACCUCUUUUUUAAACUUUUAUGUGACCUUAAUAAUUUAUGUUAGGAUCCAAUUAAAACUUGGUUUUUCACGUUGAAACAUGACUUGCAUUUUAUAUAUAAAAAAUGAAGAGUAGUAUAUUCUAGUGAUGAUACAGGUAAGCAACUGAAAUUAUAUGGUAUUGUAUAGCCAAAUUGACUCAAAAGAUAUUUAUUAUUCUUCUUUUUGGUGAUCAGCUUCUCUCUCUUGUCAGUAAUGGUGACAAGCUCCCAGGAAUCUAGUGCUUUUGCUUGCUAAAUGGUUAAUGCUUGAGCCACAAAGAAAAUAAGAGUGUUGAGUAGUACAAAGGUUGGUGGUAGGAGAAGAAGAAAGGAAAUGUAAAAAGAAGAAUUAAAGAAGGAUCAUGUGUGGGGCUAAUAGGGCCUGUACAAUCACUUAGAACCAGGGAACCAAAACUUAAUAGCCUUUUUUUCUUCUCUAUUCUUGGUAGAGUGCACCCCACCUGUUCUACAGAAUGUGCACGACUACACGUGUUUAUAACAAUCUUUUCUGCAUUUUGUGGACAUCUAAUAUGAUUCCCUUCACAUCAGUUACAUGAGUUUUGCUGUUUGGUGUGACUUGUGGACUUAACUGAUCCAUUCAAGUACUUUUUCCAGGCCUAGUUGCAGUUUCAGAAGGGGAGAAAAUAUGCAUCUGCUGUUUUUAACUCAAUUAUUGUACUGUCAAAUAUGUCUAUCAUUAUUGAAUCAAUUGGGAUCUAUCUAUGGCCAGAAAUCAUUUGCAGAGAGGCAAAGGAGAACCAAAACCCCAUUAUAGUAAUGGCAGAGGAUAAGGGAUUCUCUGUCUUGGAUAAUAGAUUUGGGUAUGACAAGAAGAGUGACACUGAUAUUAUGUAUCCUAUGUAUUUUGGUGUUUCUUGUGCGUUUUUUGCACUCCAAGCACUCACAAAACCACAUGUUGAGGUUGAAAAAUGGAGUGAAAUCCGUGACAGCAUACUCCAAGGGAGUGCACAGCUGCUUGGGUUGAUUGUGUGGAAGGUUCAGAAAGGGGUUCCGGAUGGAGAAGAAUAUAGGAAGAUUCUCUUCAAGCUCAGGAAUGCUGAGAGGGAGAUUGAGAAUCUCAAGAAGAUGAGGCAUGAGGAUGCAAAGGCCAAUGAGAAAGUUGUGGGGAUCUUUGCUGCACAGGAGCAGAGUUGGUUGCAUGAAAGGCGGAAACUUCGGCAGCACAUUGGGGCUCUGAUGAAUGAGCUGAGAGUGUUUGAAAAGAAAAAGGAUGAGGCUGUCUCUGAAAUGAGCCAGAAAUUGAAGGAAAUGGAGGAUUUGCUGGAGUCCAGGGACAAAGUGAUUCAAGAAGGGGAGCAGAAGAGGAAGGAGUUGGAGGAAAAUCUUGCAAAGGCUGAAAGGGAAGCAGAAGAAUUGAGAGAAUCUGUUAAGCUUGAAGCUCAGGAACACUCCUCUGAUCUCAGGAAGCACAAAACUGCCUUCAUUGAGCUGGUGUCAAACCAACGGCAGCUAGAAGCGGAGCUUGGCCGCGCCAUGAAGCAGUUGGAGGCUGCAAAGCAGGAGCUCGGUUCAGUCUUGGAGAAGAAGGAGGAGUCAGAAUUGUUGGCCCAAAAAUUGUCUAUUGAGAUUGCAAGGCUACAUAAGGAUUUGGAGCAGAAAGACAAGAUUUUGUCAGCAAUGUUGAGGAAAUCAAAGCUUGAUACAGCGGAGAAGCAAAUGCUGUUAAAGGAGGUUAAAUUGUCAAAGGCUAGGAGGAAGCAUGCUGAGCAAGAAUCUGAAAGGUGGAAAGCAGUUUCAGAAGGGAAACAUGAGAGACAUUCCUUGAAGAGCAUGUUGGUGAACUUGAGUUCAAGGAUGGAUGUUUUCCCUGCUGCUAGAGUUGGGCAGCAUAGUUCAACAGGAUCAUCACAGAUUGCACAGGAAUCAGAUUCUUUUCCACACUUUGCUGAUAAAUAUUUGCCACAAAGAACUGAAGGCUUGUUGAUUGAACAAAGGCACCAUUUGGAGCUGGAUGCUUUUACAGAACAAAUGAGAAUGAAAGAUGAGAAGCUAGAGGCGUUUCGCUGGCAGUUGUUGAGAAUGGAACUAGAAACAAAGCAGCUUCAGUCACAUUUGGAGGGGCUGGUGAAGGAUGUUACACAGCUGAGACAUGACAAGAUGAGAUUGGAGACCUUAGUGUUGGAGAGAGAAGAUGAACUUGCUUCACUGAAAGAGAAAUUUUCCUCACAAAUGAGGUCAUUCAACUGUAUUAGAAAUAACAACUCAAAUUUGCAUCCACAGCCUUCAGAACCAGUGCAACAAGAUGCUGUCUGCUCUAAAGUCAAGGUUGUGAAGAGAAAAUCAGGUGAGAAAGAACAAGAAAUUGUGGAAACUUUGAUUGAAGUGGAUUGUGAAAAGGAAGUGCACCCUGUGGCACAUGAUCAAUUCAAUAAUGAUGCUAAUUCAGUAGUGCAGUCUCAAAACAAUGAAAUUGAAGUAGAAAAAGAUAUUUCUAUGGAGGGUAGUAGUAGCAUUAUGCAGAACCAAAGUCCAAAUCCUAAUCAAAUAGAAGUUGAUGGUGCUGAAAAGAUAGCAUCUACCAGCCAGCCAUCUAAUAAGACAAAACAAUCCCCAUGGAAGAUGGAUCUCCAUGCUCUUGGUGUUUCUUACAAGAUCAAGAGGCUGAAGCAGCAACUUGUUCUUGUCGAAAGGUUGGCCGGAAUGCAGGCUAGUGAUGAAAAAUCAGAAACCAGUGAUGAGAGCAAAGGUGGUAUGAAGGCAUAUCUGUCCUUGACUGCUUUGCUAAAUAAACAAGUUGGAAGAUACCAAUCCCUCCAAGAAAAGACUGAUGAUCUUUGCAAAAGGAUGUAUGAGAAUGACAUAUAUGCAAGGCGUGGAGACAUGAAUGGUGGUGCAAGAUCAACACUAGAACAGUUUCUAGAGGAGACAUUUCAGUUACAAAGGUACAUAGUUGCAACAGGACAAAAGCUGAUGGAAAUCCAAUCAAAGAUUGAUUCUGGGUAUGGUGGGGUGGCAGAGGAGAUGGAGAAGAGUGCUGGCAUUGACAUGAAGCGCUUUGCUGACAGCAUCAAGAACCUGUUCCAAGAAGUCCAAAGGGGUCUAGAAGUUCGCACAUCAAGAAUCAUUGGUGACCUUGAAGGAACACUUGCUUGUGAUGGAAUCACAUCUUUCAGGAGAUAGAAUUGGAAAGUUUCACCACCAACACAUUUUUUUAACUUAAACAUGUUUUUAUACAUUAUUUAUCCAAUAAGUUUUCUCAGAGCUAUAGUAAAAGAAAAUAUUAGCAUACUGUUUAGUGAUUACUACAGUUAAUAACAUCAUCAAUGUGUAUGUGUAUAUAUGCAAAUCACACAGUUCUAAUGGAAUUGAAAUUUCAAGGAAGUCAUGGACCCACCAUUAUAAAUCAAGGUAAGGUGAGGUAACAUGGCUAUAGGCAAAAGCUUUUCCACAUUGGGGAAUGAUUUUAAUGCAUCCAUAUUAACAUGA